AUGGGGGCGACGUCCAGGCGCACGCCGGGCGGUCCGGCCUUCCCCGUGCCGGCGUCACCGGCCGCCGCGCGGGCGGCGGCGCCCGGGCUGACCACCAACGACGCGCUGGUGUACCUGAGGGAGGUCAAGCAGCGCUUCAACCACCGCAAGGACGUGUAUGACGCGUUCCUGGACGUUAUGAAGGACUUCAAGGCGCAGCGGAUCGACAUCGCCACCGUAAUCGGCAGCGUGAAGGACCUGCUCAAGGGCCACAAUGACCUCAUCCUGGGCUUCAACACCUUCCUUCCCAAGGGGUCGGAGAUCACGAUGGUGCCCGAGCGGCGCGAGGCGCGACCGGCCGUGGAGCUGGACCAGGCCAUCACGUACAUCAACCGCAUCAAGGCGCGCUUCGCGCACGACGAGCGCGUGUACAAGAACUUCCUGGAGAUCCUGUGCUGCUUCCGCCAGGGUCGGAUGGACAUCCACAGGGUGUACCGCGAGGUAGCGGACCUGUUCCGCAACCACGAGGACUUGCUGGAGGAGUUCGGAUACUUCCUGCCGGACCACUCGCAGGCCGUGGAGCCCGGUGGUGGACAGGAGAUCGUGUCGCCGCCAUCUCGGGCCAUGCAGCAGCUGUCUGCGCAGUCGCACGCCGCACUGGAGUCCUCCUACCCGAGGCGGCGGUCAGCGAGGCAGGCCACCGAUGGGGCCGCCGGGCGACGGGUAGGGACUAGGGACAGCCUGGAUUACGACCGGGAGGCGCGGUUUUUCGAGGAGGUGCGGGGCAGGCUGAACAACCGGGAAGCUUACAGCGACCUGCUGAAGUGCAUCAACCUGUACGCCCAGGACGUGAUAUCGAAAUCGGAGCUGCUGGGGCUGGUGCAGGACCUCAUAGGGCGCCACCACGACGUCAUGGCCUCCUUCAGGCAGUUCAUAACCUCGUGCCCCGGGGGGGAGGAGGACCUGGAGGUGCGGCCCGGCGGGGGGGGCACCGUGCGGGGGGCCGUGGGCUUCCGGAGGGGCAGGGCGAUGUCCCUGUGGAACAUGUACCUGACGAGGCCCGUGUCUGAGCUGGACACCACCGGCCUGGAGCGUCCCACCACCUCAUAUGUGCAGCUGCCGCGGGAGUACCCCAUCUUCAAGUGCACGGGGAAGACCAGGCUGGGGGAUGAGACACUGCAGGACGAACUGAGGAGUGUGACCACAGGCACGGAGGACGCAGCAUUCAAGCAGAUGAGGAAGAACCAAUACGAGGAGAACCUGUUCCGAUGCGAGGACGAGCGGUUCGACCUUGAGAUGGCGAUCGAGCGGAACGCCUCGGCCAUCAGGAGGCUGAAGCCGGUGCAUGACAGGCUGGAGGCCAUGUCCUCCGAGGAAAAGGCCAACUUUGUGUGUCCGGAGGGCCUGCUGAGCCCAGUGCACAACAGGAUCAUUGAAAGGAUAUAUGGAGACCAGGGGAAGAAUGUGUUGGACUUGCUGAAGAAGAACCCUGUUGUGGCUAUCCCCGUCGUGCUGAUGCGCUUGCAGCAGAAGGACCAGGAGUGGCGGCAGGUUAAGGAAACCAUGAACACCAACUGGCGGACUGUGUUCCAAAGCAACUACCACAAGUCUUUGGACCACCGGAGCUUUUAUUUCAAACAGGCAGACAAGAAGAACCUGGCACAGAGAGUCCUUCUCCAGGAAAUCAAGGAUGCGGUGGAGAAGGGAAAGAAGGAUGACAGCAGGCUGCAGGCCCUGUCAUCUGCCUGCUCACUCUCGUCCACGUCGACAGAACACAUGACCCUGGAGUACCCAGAGGACAUGGUUCAUGAAGACAUAUACCAGAUUGUCAAAUUCGCUGCCUCCAAGAUGCUGUCGUCCGACACACGUAGGCAGGUCAUCAAAUUCUGGGUGGAGUUUUUGGAGCCCUUGUUUGGGCUGCAGCCUCGCCAGGUCGAUGAUGACGAGUCCAUGUGCUCUGGCGAAGAGGAAGAAGAUCAGGAGAACAAGGACCAGGUUGGGGAGGCUGACGAUCCCAGCUCCAGGAUGAUGACAGACAUGGAGGACGAAGAGAGGGAGCAUGCUAGUGGUGAGGUUUCUGCGCCUCUUGCACUGCCCCGCGAGGCAAGCUCUGAGCAUAACAACAAUGGAGAAGACCAUGCAAACCAGGAGCCAGGAGCUGACCAUGCUACAGUCCCAGAGGCGGAAGCAGAGAAAGAGGGCAGUGACAAUUGUGCUGAAGAUGCCAUGGAUGCUCAGAAAGGCCCGCACAGCUGGCUGCAGGACCCAUCCCACCUGUUUGGGGGCUGCCAGCCCCUGACUUCGAUAGGGCAUAGGUCCACAGACAUCAAGCCCGAGAUGGGCAGCUCAGCAGGGGAGAAGCAUGUGCUGUACUGCAGCGAGCCGUUCUAUCUGUUCUUCAGGCUCCACCACCACUUGCAUGACAGACUCACGAUGGCCCGAAAGUGCUGCAAGUCUCAAGAUCGAGCCAGCACUCCGCUACAUCAAGGGAUCGAGCCAGAGUCGAAAACCGAGUCGAGAACUGAGACUGAUGCUGAUGCUGCAGACAGGAAGCAUGCACAGUUCAUGGAGAUGGUGUUCCAGCUUCUGGAUGGGAACAUUGAGAUGUCCCAGUUUGAGGAUAGGUGCAGGACGCUCCUGAGCACCAACUCCUAUGUACUGUUCACUUUGGACAAGCUGAUCUUUCGCCUCGUGAAACAGAUGCAAACCCUCAUGACAGAUGAUAUCUCACUGAAGAUCUGGGAGCUCCACGAGUACGAGAAGGCACGGGCAUUCCCCACAACCGACGAGCUCUACCACUCGAACUGCAGGGUCAUCCUUCGAGAAGAGAAUUGCUUCCGCAUUGAACGGACUCCGGACAGAAAGCUCCAGAUCACGAUGAUGGAUGCCCUGUGCCCAGAGGCAAGUGCAGGGGCCCUCAGACCUGGGUUUGCAGAUUACCUCAAGAGCUUCCUGGGCGAUUCUAUAGAGACUGUCGAGGAAGAGGAAGCAUACACUCCCGUUUACCUUAGACGGACCCUGGUGCCUGGCGACCAGUCGCAGCGGCUGUCGGAGUGUUGUGUGGAAAACGGCCUGGAGUGCAAGUUCCUUUGUGAGACGUCCAAGCUGAUCUACAUCCAGGAUACAGAGGACGUCCUGAUCAGGAGAAGACAGGCCACUGGCUCCGCCAGUGCCCAGGCAGGUCGCCUGAAGCGACAAGCCAAUUUCGAAAGGUGGCUCGAGUCGAAGUAUCUUGUACAAACUUCCCAGCCGUACAUGCCUUUAGUGGCUGAACAAAAUGGGAGGGCGGUGUAG